CUCUGUGACAGAGUGGAAGGCGGGCCGACACUCGCCCGCUGGGGAGUUGCCACAGUUGGCAGCCCGGGGCCAGUGGGGACGCCUCUGUGCUGGCGUCCUGGAGCUGAUGGUGGGAUCCAGAUUGCAGCCUGAGGCCAGGGUCCCCGUCAUGGCCACAGCCAGGCCUCCCGGGCGCGGCUGCGGAGUCCUGCCCCGGUGGCUGCUCGGUGCUGCCCUGCUGCUGGGCCUGCGGCUCUGCAUGGAGUUGCACCGGGCGGGUUCCGGACUCCCGGGUCUCCGCGUUCCCCCGGAGCUGCCCCGGCCGCACCUGCUGCCAGCACCCGACCCUCCGAGGGGCGCCAGGAGGAGGCAGGUGACCUACGUGCGCAGCGGGCGCCGAGCACUGCCCCGGAGUGGCGGGAGCACGACGCCUGAGCCGAGCUGUUGCGCCCCACGCGGGCUUUCCCGCAGGAAGGGUCCCCGGUGGCACAUAGAGCUUCAGCCUUGGGCAGGCCCUGCUCAGUCCCUGGAUGAAGAAGCCUCAAGGUUCCUGAGCUACAUCAGCACCACUCAGAUUGCAUGCGAUCACAUGGGUACAGACAGCUUGGCUACUGACUCCAGCCCCGCAACGAAGCCCUGGCUGCUGUGUCUUGAUGACAGGUUUGGCUUAGCUCAUCAAAUCCGCAGCAAGCGGUGCCGCCUCUACUCCCUAGGGCUGGGGAAUGACGACACAGACUUUGAGGUGAGCAUGGCCAACGAUGGGUGUGAGGUGCAUCGUUUUGAUCCUAGUGUCAAAUCAGCCCACGUUCUGGAGAGCCAGCGCCUCUGGCAUCACCGUUUGUCCAUCGACUGGCGGGAUCCACAUCCAGCUGUGGCUGCUCAAAAGCUACGUAGCAACACCAGAAAACUGGGAAGCAUUUUGAAUGAAUUUGGGCAUCACAAGGGAGACUAUGCCGUAGAUGCAUCUAGACGUCGCUAACUACAACUAAUUUCAGGCAAGAGUUAUUCGCGAAAGCUUUGUGUGAAGCUAAAGGGCACUUGGUCCUUCGGACGUGGUUGAAAGAGAAUUCGUUCCUGCCUUGUGGCACGGAACAGCUUUGCUGGCGACUGUGUAGAAAGUAAAUACUGCACCGCAGAGAGAAUGAAUAAGCCGCUGAGAAUUAAUUGGAAUCUGUUUCCCAUGAGCAGAUGUCCACCCCCGGGCUGGGCUGUCUGGUCAGGUGGCUCUGAGGGACUGGGCCUCCUCCCUGUCAGCUCAGGUCUCUGCCCCUGCUUCCACCUGCCACUAUUCAUC